CCUUCUCUCGUUUCUGGAAAAAAAAAGGAAAAGAAAAGAUAGGAAAUAAAAAAAGAGUUUAAUUCUUUUCCGAGAAGCAAAAAAAACAAAACAAAGAAAAUCCUAAUUUUCGUCUCUCCUGUUUUCAAUGGACCCGCUGACGCAGCUUAGCUUACCGCCGGGGUUUAGAUUUUUUCCGACCGACGAAGAGCUUUUAGUUCAGUAUCUUUGCCGGAAAGUCGCUGGCCACCAUUUCAGCUUGCAGCUCAUCGCUGAGAUUGACUUGUAUAAAUUCGAUCCAUGGGUUUUACCUGGGAAAGCUUUAUUCGGGGAGAAAGAAUGGUACUUUUUCAGCCCAAGAGAUCGGAAAUAUCCAAACGGGUCUAGACCGAAUCGGGUUGCCGGUUCGGGUUACUGGAAGGCGACCGGUACGGACAAAAUAAUCUCGUCGGAGGGGAAGAACGUGGGGAUUAAAAAGGCUCUGGUUUUCUAUGUGGGAAAAGCUCCGAAGGGAACAAAAACGAAUUGGAUUAUGCACGAGUAUCGCCUUAUAUCCUCCUCCAGGAAAACAGGAAGCUCCAAGCUGGAUGAUUGGGUUUUAUGUCGGAUUUAUAAGAAGAAUUCGAGUUGUCAGAAGCCGACGGGGAGUAUUUCAAGUAAAGAAUACAGCAAUGGUUCUUCGCCGUCGUCGUCUUCUCACAUCGACGAAGUCAUCGAGUCCUUACCGGAAAUGGGCGACGAUUUCUUCGCGUACCCAAAAACAACAUUACAACAAAACGACAUUAUGAACAAAUUCCACUUUGAAAUUCCGGCAGACUCUGUAAAUUCCGAUUGGGCGAGUCUGGCUAGGCUCUACUCAGUGCCGGAACUCGCUCCCGUCGACCACUCCGGAACGUUCAAUUACAACAACAACAACACCAUCGCCGAUGUCUACGUUCCUUCGAUUACAUCGCCAUUUUGCCAAGUGGAUUACCCACCGCCGCCGGCGUUCCAAUACUCGACGCAGCAACACGACGGCGGCGGCUUGUUCAGAUUCAGCCAAUGAGAUGAUUGCAAAUGGCAUUUGGAUUUUGCGAAGAGAGUGUAAAUAGAAUUGGGAUUCGAAUAGACUUGACUUUGGGGAAUUGGAUUCUGAAAAUGGAAGCAAAAGGAAAAGUUUGCUUUCUUUUUUGAACGGAAAAGCGAAAAACAGAGCACAAAAGAGAGAAACAGAGCAUACUCUGCUUUGCUGCCUAUAAACCUUUAUUCUCUAACAAGUUCAAUGUCCCAUCCUAUUAGACAUUAGACUGAAAAAUGAAACACCCAAAUUAAUACCUUUGUGCAAAUUAUUAUUUAGGAUUGAAACUUCAUUAAAUAGUUAGUGUGUUAGUGUUUUGGGAAUUAUUAUUAUUUUUUUAUGCUCAUCCUUAUUUUAUGAUUAUGAUUAAAUUAUGAUGAGUUUUUGUGAUGGACUUGGUUUGUACUAUUUUGAUUUGCUUGUUAUUCAUAUUUUGGAGAGGAAAGAAAAAGGUAAAAAAAA